AUGGAUCCCGAACACCGCAACGAGCGGCAGCAGAAGCGCCGAAAGAUCUCCCUGGCGUGCGAGCCAUGCCGGGAGAGAAAGUCUCGUUGCGACGGAGCCAAGCCGAUCUGCUCCACCUGCCAGCGGCGGUCGCUGCCGCUGCAUCAGUGUAUCUACACGGUUGAGAAUGCCAGGACAGCGAGCAAUGAGGCGUACAUCCGGGUUCUGCACGAACGCAUCCAACGGCUUGAGCGGGCGUGUUCCGAGAAUGGGAUCCCCACUCCCCCACUUGAUCCGAGCGAGGAGCCGGCUCCGGACCCGGGGGCCAGGCCGGGGAGGAGAUCCGUCUCGGUCCAACCCGGGCAGGGUAAUGGGCUUCUUACUCCUGCGAUCAAAGACCACGUCCAAUGCACCACUGCUACUCCCCUGCCUGUCCCGCAUCGCCAGAUCCUCGACCCACGCUCUCCCGACUGUGAAGGGCUGGACUCCCUAGAGAACGCCACGAAAAUAACAGCAAUGGGAACGGUAAGCGCCGAACACGACGUCAACCAAGCCUUUGAGGAGACGCAAGACGAGUUCUACGGCAGCUCGAGCGCGGCCAGUUUCAUGAAGGAGGCUUACGGGAAUGUCAAGCCUCAUCAUCACCGGGUGUCCUCGUCGUUGCCGGGAGCCGGAUCGGUGGUCACAACAACGGCAGCGGGCAACCUCCGACAAACCUUUGCGGCACCAAAAGCGGAUUUUGGCCCCCUGAAUUUCCUGCAGCCGGAUCGGUUCGCCUUACCGCCGAGGAAUGUGGCUGAUUACCUCGUGGGGAGGUUCUUCGACCGGGUUUAUUGGCUGUAUCCCUUCUUUCACAAGCCAACCUUUAUGUACGCCUACCGCCAGCUCUGGCAGCCGGUUACGGGGAAGGAAAAAGGGGUGCCGGAGCCUGGGUUGGGGUUGGGGAGUGAACCUGGGGCUGGGGCGGGGAGUAUCGUUUUUCAUUCUGCGCUCAAUACUAUCUUUGCGAUAGGGUGUCAGUUUAGUGAUUUGUCGGCCAAGGACAGGGUCAGCGCGAUAGAGACUUUUUUGGAGAGGGCGAAGAAGUUUGUGGGGUUGGAUUUGAUUGAUAUGCAUAAUGUGGGUGUGGUGCAGAGUUUGUUGCUUAUGACUCUGCUGCUGCAGAGUACCCCUUUUCCGAGCAGGUGCUGGAAUUCGCUGGGGGUCGCGGGGAGGGUGGCGCAGGGGUUGGGGUUGCAUACGGAGGCGGGGAGGAGGGGGAGGUCGGAGUUGGAGAGGGAGGUGAGGAGGAGGACGUGGCAUGGGUGUGUUAUUUUGGAUAUGAGCAGUAUCGUGAGCAUGACGUUUGGGAGGCCGACGAUGACGGAUGUGAAUGAUCUGCCGCUGCCGUCAAGGUUGGAGCUGGUGGAUGAUGAGUGGCCUGGUACACUUGCUCAGAUUGACGAUGAAGUGACCACGACAUCGAGGAUGAACUUCUUUCUUGACCACAUUCGGCAAUGUCAUAUCCUGGGUGAGAUAUUGUCGAGUAUCUAUCUGUCACCCAAAGGCCGAGGAGCACCAAGUUCUUCGUCAGGGACCACCGGUGAUGAGUCUCCGCUGUAUGGGUUGGAUGCCAUUCUGGAGCUGGAUGCCAAGUUGUCGAGACAUGAGGCCGCAGUUUGCCCCGCCAUGUCUUGGACAGCACCCAGUGAUAUUAGCGGGAUGCCAGAAGACAAGAAGAAGAUUAUUGUCACGCAGAGAAAUGUGCUUCAUGCCAGCUUUCUUUAUGUACGGCUGAUGCUUCAUCGACCGAUUCUCACCCAACUUUGCUCAAAUUCAGAUUCUGGAACAACAGAGCCAACCUCACCGGUGAAGCAAGGACCCUUUGGUGGAAAUAGAAUGCUGUAUGCUUCCUUUGCAGCAGAAUGUGCAAAGAUUUGCUUGGGAUCAGCCAUGGACUUGGUCGAGCUGGUCUCCAGGACUUAUCAGACAGACACAACUGGAGGUUGGUGGUGGGAUGGAUUGUAUGCAUUCACUGGUGGCCUUGCAGUUAUUGUCGCUUAUCUAAGUCCAUCCCUCCUUGAUUCUAUGGAUCAACGCCGGCUGGAAAGAUCAUGGGUUCUUUGCCAGGAAAUCCUGGCACACUUUGCUUCGUUCAGUAUCUCUGCUCACAGGUCUCUGAAACUGCUGCAAAAGGUGCAUGGUGAUGUCAUGGCACGCGUUGCUGGUAUGUUUCAAGAUGCUUUCGUGAAUAUUGCGGGGUUUUCACUGACAUGA